GGCAGAACAACUUCCGCCUUCAAAACCCAAACCCACUAGAACAGAGAAAUGACUGCGACCCUGCGCCCGUACCUGAACGCUGUGCGUGCCACCCUGCAGGCCGCCUUGUGUCUAGAGAACUUCUCCUCCCAGGUGGUGGAGCGACACAACAAACCAGAGGUGGAGGUCCGGAGUAGUAAAGAGCUCCUCCUACAGCCUGUGGUGAUCAGCCGCAAUGACAAAGAGAAGGUCCUCAUUGAGGGUUCCAUCAACUCUGUGCGAGUCAGCAUUGCUGUGAAACAGGCUGAUGAGAUCGAGAAGAUCCUCUGCCACAAGUUCAUGCGCUUCAUGAUGAUGAGAGCGGAGAACUUCUUUAUUCUCAGGAGGAAACCGGUUGAGGAGUAUGACAUCAGUUUCCUUAUCACCAACUUCCACACAGAGCAGAUGUAUAAGCACAAGCUGGUGGACUUUGUUAUCACAUUUAUGGAGGAGAUUGAUAAGGAGAUCAGCGAGAUGAAGCUCUCUGUCAAUGCCCGUGCCCGUAUCGUAGCAGAGGAGUUCCUCAAGAAUUUCUGAGCUGCUGUCCUCUCAUCCCUCACAACGAUCACAACUUUGCCGCUACCGUAAAUCCAUGAGACGGCGCGGACUGAAGGGUCUGAUCGCAGGAAGAGGGUGUAGAAGCGUUCUGUAAGUGAACAACCAAUCUGUGUGGAAGACCAUAGAAAAGUGACCAAUCCGGUGUGGAUGUGUGUUGCAUCCAGCUGUCUCAAGUAUUUCCCAAUGCUUAUAAACCUUGAUGACUGUAAAUAAUGAAAUAUUUCCUAGAUUGUUUCUAAGAGGCAGAACAUUUGUCCCAAACCAAGGCGGGUCCUUAAAAUAUCAAACUUAGUUGGCAGUCAUUACAAGGACAUUAAGAAUCUGUGGUAACUGUAACAGGCCAUAUCAUUUUUAUACAUUCUGUCUUCAUGUACUGUCUCUUGUAUUUUUUUUUUUUUAAACAUCGUAGCCUGUUCAGUCAUCAUGGAGAGCAAUGAGUGUUUACAUUUUAUUAUAAGACACAACAGAUUUCAGCUGUCAUCAAACUAUGUAUGAAAUGAUAUAAUAAUCAAUAAAACAAAUGACAGCUUGUU